GUUAAUCCUUCCAGGAAUAAGGAUGUUCUUGUUAAUGCUUGGAUUUGCUUGUAAAGCACUCGAGCCACAUGUGACUGCAACUCAUCGAUUUUGGCGCCCAGCACAUGACUCUCGGGAUUUGAUCACUUCCAAUGCUCAGCAACACACGUAAAUGGCGAUAAAGUGAAUACAGACACACGGAUAAUCGAUUUCUCUGCCUGUAAAAACCGGUCAUUACUGGAAAUUUAGCAAGAGAAGCUUUACUGCUAGUAGCAAGGGUUUCACUGAUCUCUACAGUGUGUGUGGAAAUGGCGUACUGUGCUGCUACUGCUUCAAGCCCUGGUGGCGGAGGAGCACUGACGAUACCGCAUUGUUCUUCAAUUUCAAGGUUGAUCAAUUUUAAUCUCAGCAAGAAGACGUCGAACCAUCUGUUCUUCACCACCGCUGCGGAUUUCAGAAAACGGCGUUUUUAUGUGAGGAGUGAGGCAAAGCCUACGCUCAAGGAUCCGGUCACCGUCGAACAAGGAGAUGCAGGGAGUAAUAUUGAAACAUCAAAAUCUGAUGCUGAAGCUGUGGCAUCAAGAAUUACUUACCAUGCAGAGUUCACACCAUCAUUUUCUCCUGAUGGAUUUGAUCUCCCCAAGGCAUACUUUGCAACUGCACAAAGCAUACGUGACUCACUCAUCAUCAAUUGGAAUGCAACUUAUGAUAUGUACGAAAGGAUGAAUGUAAAGCAAGCUUACUAUUUGUCUAUGGAGUUUCUACAGGGAAGAGCUCUACUGAAUGCCAUUGGUAACCUAGAGCUAACUGGUGCUUAUGGAGAAGCUUUGAGCAAACUUGGCCACAAACUUGAGAAUGUGGUUUCACAGGAACCAGAUGCUGCUCUUGGAAAUGGAGGACUUGGUAGGCUUGCUUCAUGUUUUCUUGACUCUUUAGCAACAUUAAAUUAUCCAGCAUGGGGUUAUGGGCUCAGAUACAAAUAUGGUUUGUUCAAACAGCUAAUCACAAAAGAAGGGCAGGAGGAGGUUGCUGAAAACUGGCUUGAGAUGGGAAAUCCAUGGGAGAUUGUGAGAAAUGACAUCUCAUAUCCCAUUAAAUUCUAUGGGAAAGUUGUCAAAGGUUCUGAUGGAAAGAAACGUUGGAUAGGAGGAGAAGAUAUAGUUGCAGUUGCAAAUGAUAUUCCAAUUCCAGGAUACAAAACAAAAACUACAAUUAACCUUCGUUUAUGGGACACUAAAGUUCCACCUUCAGACUUUGAUUUAUCUGCUUUUAACUCUGGAGACCACACUAAAGCAUGUGAAACCCAAGCAAAUGCAGAAAAGAUAUGUUAUAUAUUAUAUCCAGGGGAUGAUUCUUUGGAAGGGAAAACUCUUAGACUGAAACAACAAUAUACAUUAUGCUCUGCUUCUCUUCAAGAUAUUAUCACACGUUUUGAAAAGAGGUCUGGGGUGAAUGUGAUGUGGAAUGAGUUUCCAGAAAAAGUUGCUGUUCAAAUGAAUGAUACCCAUCCUACCCUUUGCAUUCCUGAGCUGAUGAGGAUAUUGAUGGAUUUGAAGGGCAUUAGCUGGAAAGAAGCUUGGGAUAUUACCCAAAGAACUGUGGCUUACACCAAUCAUACUGUUCUACCAGAAGCAUUAGAGAAAUGGAGUUUAGAACUCAUGCAGAAACUUCUCCCUAGACAUGUUGAAAUCAUAGAGAUGAUUGAUGAGGAGUUAGUGAAUAGGAUAGUAGCAGAAUUUGGUAAAUCAGAUCCUGAAUUGUUGGAAAGAAAGUUGAAUGCCAUGAGAAUUCUUGAAAAUGUUGAGCUGCCAUCUUCCAUAGCUGAUCUGUUUAUCAAACCAAAAGACGUUUCUGCCCUUGAUACAAGUGAAGUGUCUGAUGAUGAAGAAGAUGAUAUUGUUGGAGAAAAGGAGAAACUGAUGGAUUUGGAAGAAGCUCCAAUUCCACCAAAAUUGGUGAGAAUGGCUAAUUUAUGUGUUGUUGGUGGCCAUGUUGUCAAUGGGGUUGCUGCAAUUCACAGUGAAAUUGUAAAACAGGAUGUUUUCAACGACUUUUAUAAGCUAUGGCCUGAGAAAUUUCAAAACAAAACAAAUGGAGUGACACCAAGAAGAUGGAUAUAUUACUGCAAUCCUGCCCUCAGUAAAAUCAUAACCAAAUGGACUGGUGGAGAAGAUUGGGUUCUCAACACUGAAAAAUUGGCAGAAUUGCGUAAGUUUGCAGAUGAUGAGGAUCUCCAAAGUGAGUGGAAAGCUGCAAAAAGGAGCAACAAAAUCAAAGUUGUGUCAUUUCUUAAAGAGAAAACAGGAUAUUCUGUUAGUCCUGAUGCAAUGUUUGACAUCCAGGUGAAACGUAUUCAUGAAUACAAGAGACAGUUGUUAAACAUCUUGGGAAUCGUUUACCAAUACAAGAAGAUGAAAGAAAUGACCCCCAUUGAGAGAAAAGACAAAUUUACCCCUCGGGUUUGUAUAUUUGGAGGGAAAGCAUUCGCCACAUAUGCACAAGCCAAAAGAAUUGUGAAACUCAUCACAGAUGUUGGGGCCACCAUAAACCAUGAUGCUGACAUUGGGGACUUACUCAAGGUUGUGUUCGUCCCUGAUUACAAUGUCAGUGUUGCGGAAUUGCUGAUUCCCGCAAGUGAGCUUUCACAGCAUAUAAGUACUGCUGGAAUGGAAGCCAGUGGAACUAGCAACAUGAAAUUCUCCAUGAAUGGUUGCAUCUUAAUUGGGACAUUAGAUGGGGCAAAUGUGGAAAUUAGGGAAGAAGUUGGAGAAGACAACUUUUUCCUUUUUGGUGCUCGAGCACAUGAGAUAUCAGGGUUACGAAAGGAAAGAGCUGAGGGAAAGUUUGUGCCUGAUCCUUGCUUUGAAGAAGUGAAGGAAUACAUAAGAAGUGGUGUAUUUGGGGCUUACAAUUAUGAUGAAUUAAUGGGAUCUUUAGAAGGCAAUGAAGGAUUUGGUUGUGGAGACUACUUCCUUGUAGGGAAAGACUUCCCAAGUUACAUAGAAUGCCAAGAGAAGGUCGAUAAGGCUUAUAGAGACCAAAAGAGAUGGACAAGGAUGUCGAUUUUGAACACAGCUGGGUCCUACAAGUUUAGUAGUGAUCGAACAAUUCAUGAGUAUGCUCGAGACAUAUGGAACAUUCAACCUCUUCAACACAACUAGGUAACCAUGCCAUACGUCAUUUGUUGAUGUCAAUAAAAACAAUAUGUUAUUUGGGUUUAAGUUUUCUUAAAUAGUUUGUAACUAGUUAAAUAAUUUAUUAGCAAAUAAUAAUAAUUACAAAAGUAAUUAAAUUUUA